UAUUGGGAAAACUGAAACGGCUCUUAUCUCGCGUUUAGUUGCAAUCAUUGCGUUGUACUUUACUGACUUGCGCUGAAAAGAAUCGCCGAGAUGAUCUUUCUAAAACGAUCAUUGGCAGUUUGUUUUCUGGUGUUUUGUUGUGGACCUCUCUUUCUCGAAGUAGAUGGAGCUCCUACAGCUACCUCGGACGCAAAAGUGUCCAAACUGGCCAAGAAGAAGUCAUCCAGACGUGUUCAAAUAUUGCCCGAUCCCGCGGAGAUUCUGCUCAUUCCAGAUGUUUCAGAACCAGAUGCAGAAGUUAUCCUGCGUGAUUUGGGUUAUAACGAGAUCGAUGAGGAUGAUGACGACCUUCGGAUCAUCAGGUUGACGGAUUCUUCGGAAUUGGCGUUGAGUGAACUCAUCAGGAUAUUUCAACAUGAUAACGACAUCCCGGUAACGGGUGUAUUAGAUGAUGAGACGAAGCUAGCUAUUGGAAGGCCGCACUGCGGAUCGAAAAAAAGUGCUAAGCUCAAAUCAGGUGUUCGGAAGUGGAGCAAAAAUGUUCUUACUUACACCAUCGAGAACUUUCCACGUGGGAAGCGUACAGCUCCCAUUCAGGCGAUGCUCAAAAAGGCAUUCAACGAGUGGAGUAAAGUGACAAAUUUGGAUUUUGUUGAGGUGGAGGAUGUGGAUGCUGACAUUGAGAUCAACUUUGGUGGACGGCUCCACAAAAUGCGCGACAGUCGAUGUACUUUUGACGAUGCAAAUACUCUGGCUCAUGCUUUCUUCCCAGAAGUUGGGGAUAUACACUUUCACAAUAGGUAUUUCUUCAACGACGAAGAUGUAACGUUGGAAGAUUUUUUGGACACGGCCAUGCAUGAGAUCGGGCACUCACUGGGACUGGAGCAUUCCAGGUCCAAGGCAUCGCUUAUGCAUCCGACUGAAAGUAAUCGGUUCAAUGAACCACAACCGAUUGAUGUUAAGAACAUACAACAAAUGUACGGAGUUCGAAGAGGAGGAAGGUCCAUGAGUAACGAAGCUCCCAAGUUGUGCUCCUUGGAGAAAAUUGACGCAGCUAUCCAGGAAUCGGACGGCAAUUUGUACGUAUUCUCUGGGAACUUCUACUACAAUGUGAACGAAAAACGUCCCGUUGGACGGUUGAUCUCUUCAAAAUGGCCGGGACUUCCAGGCAACAUCGAUGCUGCCCUUCGAUACGGCGAUGGACGUAGUUACUUCUUCAAAGGUAACAAGUAUUGGCGGUUCGCAGAUGGUCGUCUCAAUGCGGGACACCCACGGUUGAUUAGCGAAGGUUUCCGGGGAUUGCCGAGUGAUAUUGAUGCCCUGAUGAGUGACGAAGAUGGAGAUAUCUUUGCACUGAAAGGAGGUCAAUAUUGGGUGUAUGAUGUAAGCAAAAGGCGCGUCGGUUCACAAUAUCCUGCCAGGAUGCGAGACAUGGGACUGCCGACUAACAUUGAUGCGGCUUUGGAUACGGAAGAUGAACUGAUUGCGUUUAAGGGUGGAUUGAAGUACGUUUUGCAACCUAGUGGGAGGUUUCGAGUGGAUGAGAAUGAAUGGCUCGUUUGUGCGUAGAUUAUGGCAAUAAAUUACACUGAACGAUAACA